UCCGCUUCCGUUUUUCUCGGUUUGUGUUGUGGUUGCGGUUUUGCAGAGUUGUGGGGCUGAAGUGUGAAACGAUGCCCUAAAUUAACGAAUUUUUGCGACUUCAUACCGCUUGCAACUGAAAAUGGACGAAGUUACCCGGCUUUUGUCUGAAUGUAAGCUGUCAACGCACGAAGGGAAACAACUUGACAGCACUGCAUUGCAAAAUAGCCUCAAGAAGCUUGUUGCGCUUUUGACUGCAGAAGGCACAACCUCGAAGGACCAGAAACAAGUUGCGGACCAACUAGUGAAAGGCGGCUUCGUUGACAUCGUCAAAAAUACAUCGAAACGGAUUUCUGAGAUCCACGUGGACUGUCUCUCAGUUUUCGCACAAGCUGUAGCAGAAGCCUGCAAAAACGAUGUCCUACGAAAGCUGUGUACGGAUGUGACCAUUAUUGAGCCCCUUCUCAAGCAACUGUCCCGUGUGGACUAUGCAGCGGUUCAGCAGGUCUGCCGUGCUCUGGGAAACAUCUGCUACGACAACGACGUUGCGAGGGACAUCGUCAAGUCUCACCACGGGGUGGAGCAGCUGUUGCAGUUGCUGCAGAACUUGCUGGAGGCGGACACUGUCCCGGACAAUUUACACACCGUGGCGUCUGGGUGCUUGCUCAACCUGACAGAUAUGCAAGAGAUCCAAGAACAGGCGCUCCAACUCGGGCUCGUGGACAUUUUGCUCAAGUACCUCAAUAAGUUCGGCAAUGACGAGGAAGUGGCCAUGCACUGUGUUCUGGUGCUGAACAGCAUUGCAGAUACAGACUCUGGUCGAAAACAUCUACUGAAGCCGAAUAUAUUUUCUUCCCUUUUGGCCCUCUUGGACAAGAACUUCUUGGAAGAUGGGACAGAAAUCCUUCUGGAACUCUUUGGAAACCUGGCUGAAAGUGAUGCAGUAAAAGAGAGCCUCGCCCAAGAUGGCUUCUGCGAAAAAUUAGUGAACAUGCUUCAGAGGUUUCAAGCUGGCCCUGCCUCAGAAGAUAAACAGGGAAUCAUGAAGACCAUAUGUGACCUCAUCAUCCUUGUCCUUACUGGUGAUGCAAGCAUGCGCCAUGUUUACCAAAAUGGUAGUGGCAGCGUGUACAAGGCAACAAUUGGAUGGCUUCAAUCUGAGGACGACAAUCUCAAGGUGGCUGGAGCACUGGCUGCAGGAAAUUUUGCCAGAAAAGAUGACCACUGCAUUCAAAUGGUUCAAGAUGGUGUGGCCGUCCACCUCCUGAACCUGCUCCAGGACCAGACAGGCUCUGACGGUGACAUCCGUCUCCAGCACGCUCUGCUGGCAGCUCUUAGGAACCUGGCGCUUCCUGUGGCCAACAAACCCAUCCUUGUGGAGCUGGGUAUUGUGGACAAGCUGCUGUCCAUGCUCGGUGUGGAAACGUUUCCAGUUGUGUUCAAGCUGCUCGGCACGCUUCGCAUGCUUGUUUGCAAACAAGAAGCGGUAGCGACGAAAUUGGGCCUCAACGAGAAGCUGGUCCAGCAUCUGGUCAGUUGGUGCUCGACAGAAGACCACCCAGGGGUGAAAGGGGAGUCCGUGCGCUUGCUGGCCUGGAUAGUGAAGAACAGCAGUUCGACCGAAGUGAAGGCUGCCCUGUGCAGAGGUGGCGCCCUCGUCCACCUGGUGGCCAUGUUGGCAUCUGAGCACGCUGUCAUGCAGAGCGAGGGUCUCUUGGCGCUUGCGCUGAUUGCUUCCUCUCCACCAGACAUUGCUGUAGAAGAAUUUAAAAAGACUGACGUGGUCCAGCUGCUUCACAACCUGCUCAAAACAGAAGGGAUCGCUUCAGAAUGUUUGCAGAAUGGGCUUGCAGUCACGACGGCUCUCGGCAACCUUGGACCUUUCAAGCCACUGCUACUUGAAGAGGGAUACGUAGACACUUUGAAAAACAUGAAACGGAGUCCCGACGUGCUCAUCUCAAAAGCAGCGCAGACGGCGUUAGAAGUCUUAGAAAAGGUGUGACAUGGGUAUGGAUGACGUAAUUCACAUUCACUCGCAAGAAUGAGUGGCUGGGCGCACGGCUCGAUCUCUCUUUGCAGCCGAUGCUUUGAUACAUGGCAGGGUCCUUUCCGUUUAAUGUGUGUGCUCUGCUCACAGCACACAUUUCCCGAGGAACUUCAAUGAGCCUGAGUCACUCAGCCUUAGUCGCUGAGUGACUCAGGCUGUGACUCAGUGGCUCAACAGUGACUCAGCCUCAGUCGCUGAGUGACUCAGCCUGUGACUCAGUGACUCAACAGUGACUCAG